AUGGAGAGCUUCCACACAAGAUUCAGUGCCUGGACGCCUUUUAGCAACAAUUCAUUAAAUAGACAGCUCUUUCAGGAAAGAGUUGCUCUUAUAAGUCACUGGUUUGACCUCUGGACUAACAAGCAACAUCAAGAAUUCUUAUUCACGAUUUUUUUAUGAUGCACUAAAUCACAAUUAAGGGUUGUCCAAGACUGGUUUUCAGAAAGGAUGCAAGUGGCCAAAGUGGAUUUUCUACCACGCUUUAUUUCUCUCUAUAUCUUUUCUUUUCUGAAUCCAAAAGAUUUGUGUGCAGCUGCACAAGUCAGCUGGCCCUGGAAAUUUUUCACUGAACAGGAUUGCCUAUGGAUGCCCAAAUGAAUGAAGUUUGGACGGUUUCUGCCCUAUAUGCCAACAGAUAAUGAGUAUGGUGCUUGGAAGCACCAUUGCAUUGCUUGUGUGUCCAACUUAGAUUGGCUAACCCCUAGGGAAGCCGCAGCUCUUUAUGGGACCCUGAAUGAACCCCAGACAGAAGAUGAGCAACUACAGGAGAGGCAAAGAGAAAAGUGCCUAAGGAAAAUAAUUUGGGAGAAAAUUGCACUACAUAAGAAGGAUUUGUUCAAAGUUCGACCCCCUUGGGUGAAUGGAACAUGCUGCUCUAGAUUGUUCAAAUCCAAAUGCCAACCACGUCUCUCCCAAACUGUGAGGGAUCAAGUGGGAUUACGGGAAACUUUGGAGAAACAGCUUGUUUGGGCACCUUUAGAAGCUUUGCCCAAGCGCAAUGUUUCUGGAUGCCAUUCCUACCCUUCACUAUCAAAGAAAAAUUAGCAUGGAGUUUAUAAAAAUGACAGCAGCUCUUCACAUGCUCUCCAGCCACACUUCAUAUUAAUAUCAUCUCGGAUUCCUGCAUACGAGGUACAGAGUGUGUUAGGAGGCCAGUCCUUUUUUGAAUCGGGUCUUUUUUCCUCUCCCCUAGAGGACGUAUGGCAAUCUUUUGGUCACCAUGUGUACGAAGAUGAUUCAUCUUCUAAAAGGAAAGCAUUACUGAGGCCUGAAGUGAGAGACUUCUGGGAGAAAUUAGGAAGCUAUGUGGCCCCUGAAGAAGAAGGGGGUCACGUGGAUCUCUUUGUACGACUUGGAGCAUCAGGUCAUAUUUUUGGCUGUGUGGAGGCAGGAACAGAAGUUCUUUCUCAGCUGUCUCAACUGACUGGCAUGUUACUGACCGCCCCCACCGGGACUGCCACCGGCUCGUACCAACACAUUCUUAAUGACUGGCUGGGACGACAGUGGGAGAGGGCACCCCCUUCCACCUACUUCAGCAAAUCAAAGCUGCAGAUGUGGUCCAGCCUCACCGAAUUCCUGGAAGACACCUUGAAAUCAGUAAGGAAACAACUAAGUCCUCUCUUCAAGGAGUUGCAGAAGAACAUAAGUGGCAGGAUGACAGGUAAGAACUCUUGCUACUUUUGUUGCAGCUUAAUUUUGAAGCUUGUUAUACAUCCAGAGGCAAGCACCAGACAUCUCCUGGGUACGCUGUCCAGUGAGAAGCCUGAGGAGUUGCCGUUCACCAUGAUUUUCUUCCCUGAAGACUCAGCUCCCCACCGCACUAGCCAAUCCUCAUGCAGCUCAGUGGUAAAGGCCCUGGAAAACUUUGCUGAUAAUAUGAUCAGAGAUGUUCACAGGGAUGAUCCUGAGGCCCUGAAAUUCUCUGCACUCUCCCCAAACACCAACGAAUUAUUCAACAUGUUUGGUGAAAUAAAUGUUAUAGAAGAUAAUUCUCAGGACACAAAAUCAAGUCUCAGCAAAAACGGUCCAAAUUUUGAGUUGCUGGUUGAGUUGGACAGAAAGCUGCAGCUGGACUCAGCCGAAAAGCGGACCAGCAUCAUCAGGGAACUCUUACAGAGUGAGAGAAAAUACGUGCAAAUGCUGGAAACUGUGAGAGAUAUUUACAAAAGGCCACCUAGAGCAGCACUGUCAUCAAAUAGAGCAAUUCUGAGCGCUGCAGAUAUCCAGAGCAUUUUCUCUGAUAUUCUGCUGAUUUUAUGUCUCAACAGGUGGUUUCUAGAUGACUUGAGAGACAGACUACAGGAAUGGGGCCCAGCUCACUACGUGGGAGAAAUAUUCAUAAAGUUUGGAAGCCAGUUGAACAUAUACACCAAUUUCUUCAACAAUUACCCUGUUGUUCUGAAAACUACGGAGAAGUGCAGAGAAAUGAUACCAGCUUUCCGAGCUUUCCUGAAGAGGCAUGGUAAGACCAUUGUUACAAAGAUGCUGAGCCUUCUGGAGCUGCUUUAGUACCCAUCCAGAAGGUCGGAAGAAUAUAUUCGUCUUCUCUAUGCUCUGAGGCUUCACACUCCAGCAGAACAUGUUGACCACGGGACUUGACCACUGCAAUUGAAGUAAUCCAAAAAAUACAAAGGUUACAUAGACCAGCAGAACAUCAAUAUGACAGAUCAGCUGUCAGACAGAGAGCGCCAUCUGUGGACUUUAUCAGAAGUAAACAGAUAUCUGAUUAGGGUCCAAGAUGUAGCCCAACUUCACUGCUGUGAUGAGGAACUAAGUUUCUCUUUAAGGCUGUAUGAACAUACCCGUGAUCUCAGUCUUUUCCUCUUCAACGACGCACUGCUUGUUUCUAGUGGGGGCACGUCUCAUACUCCGUUUGAAAGGACUUCAAAAUCAACCUACCAGUUCAUUGCAUCAGUGGCCCUUCAUUGACUACUCACAGAAGAUAUUCCAGAUUCCAAAUAUAUCAAGAAUGUAUUUAUUCUUCAAGGUCCAAAACAUGAAUGGAUUUGUGCUACAGAAGUUGAGGAUGAUAAAUUCCUGUGGUUGUCAGUACUCCAAAACGCCAUCGAAAGUCGUAUGGAAGAGUGA